UUUCGAGAUAUCCCCAUCUCAACAGUGAUCCGAAGUCAUGUCUGUAGCUCUACAGCCACUCAAAACGAUCAGUCGCGCCAUAGACACCGAGCGGACGACUCACGUUCUCGACAGUCUGUUUACUUUUAGCGGAGAAGACGCAAGCCACCGCACCGAGUUGCUCGAUGCCACCGCCCUCACGUCGCCCGCUCAGCAACUCCCCGUUGAGUUGCUCGCCGAGGUCAUGUCCCUCGCCGCAUCUUCUUCGCCAUUCCAGUUUGCGCAUGUAUGCAGACUCUGGCGCAACGCUGCAUUCGGCAACGCGCGUCUCUGGACUCAGCUCAAGCUCUCGCUGCGGCAAGCGUGUAAAGCGGGGGUAGUGGACUACGUCGAGUCCUGGUGCCAAAGAGCAGGAAAGCGAGGACUUUCCUUGACGAUCUCCGAAGACAACGAGUACCGCAAUGUUGGCCCUGCAAGGUCGCCUCUACUCGAUGUCGCGCUCCAGCGGUUGGCGCCGCGGCUACGGGAGCUGGACAUCAUGUGCCCUCCUCCUUGGCUCGACUUUCUCGUCAAAUUUCCUGGCGGAUCUUUCUGCAAACUCCAGGCGCUACACAUCAAGACCACUGGCUGGCUUCGAGCGAAUGAGAAGCGUAUUUUCGACGCAAGUACCCCGCCAGCGCAAUGCUUGCUCGAGUGCCCCGCGCUGCGCAGCGUACACAUCCAGCAUCUCGAUCAUAUUCUAUCCGAGAGCGCCAGUAUAAUCACCGCCCUCCCGCUCCCGUGGGCUCAGAUUCAAGACUUGAAGCUCGGAUCUGUGCAUACCCCACAGGAAUGGGACGUUGCUUUCCUUCAAUGCGCAAAUCUCAUUACGGCGGAGAUAGAUGUAGCCGACCACGCGCUUCCUGAAUGGCCGACGAACGGAAAGCGUCAGGCGUCUAUCGUGACAUAUUCUGCGCUCACGACCUUGAAGCUCAGGUUCAAGAGAUUUCCAUCCGAAGUCCUCGAUGCGGCGCGCUUCCCAGCUCUUGAAAGCUUGACGCUCGAAGAUAAUCACGAGAAAUGGGGCGCGUUCGAUGCUUGGUCCAGCUUGCUACGCCUCGCGGAGUGCUCGCAGGGAUUGACCACCCUCGAAUUCGCCGGCCACUUUGUUCUCCAUCCGCACGAACAAGAGCUCGAACAAGUCCUGCGGCAGCUUCCGGCACUCACGAACGUCACAUUUCAUCGUCUAUAUCUAAAGCCCGCGCUGGUGCUGGAUAUCUUCAGUGACGAGCCGACGCGAUUCCCCUCGCUCCUCGAUCUACGCUUCACUUCAGUCAACCUGAUGCUCGACUCGGAUGAUGAUUACUACUCCAACGAGUGGCUUGAGACCGCCUACGAAGCCAUAGGGGAUUUUCUCAAAGCGCGGCAGACGGCAUCUUUGAGGUUCCGCAACCUCGACUUUACUCUCGACGGCUGUGAGGUCGAAGAGGAUGGGGGCUGCAUGGCCGCCUAUGAGCGCAUCAUGUCGAUCAAGGAGGGUUACGAACGCAGCAUGGGCGAGGCCCUGACUGUGAACGUUGGGGGACUGUAUAUCGAUUCGGAUAACGAGGAUCUCUCUGAUGAAGAGUCCGUUUACUCGGACGAUUAUUAGACUAUAUGUAUAUUCUAUAAGUGCAAG